UGUGGUUUCUUUUCUUCGCAAACCAAGUCGUAAAAGGUAAAAAUGGUUGUAAAGAUCUACAAUACCUUCCCUGUGUCCGAAACAAAACACUCAAGGGUCACGUGAUCGAAAGCUUUAAAUUUUUCGAUCCUGGAUUGAGCGAAUGUCAGUCCAAAUGUUUUAAAAAUGAUAAUUGUGUUUCUUACAACUUGGAGUCUGUAUUUGGWAAUAGAAAAAUAUGUGAAUUGAAUGAGUAUGAUCACGUGACACAUCCUAAUGACGUCAUAGAGAUGGAAGGCUCUCAAUAUUGUCCAAUCAAGAAUCCAUGUUCAUCCAAUCCUUGUACAGCUAGUGGAGUGUUCUGCAUCCCUGAUUUCUACUGGGACUCGUACACCUGUCGCAGUGGCGCGUGGAGUGCGUGGAGCGCGUGGUCGCUUUGUGGUUGCCCACACAGGAUCCCUCGUCGCAUAAGAAGCUGCCGUAAUCCCCUCACAAACGUAAUUGCAACAGAUUGUCCAGGAACAGGCCAGGAACAAAGUUCUGCUGUUUGCUCAUCUAUGAGAGAUUGCUCUGUAAGCAGUGCUCUUGGAAUGGAAGACGGSAAGAUAGCAGACGGUCAAAUCAAUGCUUCCUCGUCAUACCUUCAAGACUAUUGCCAGGCUAGACAGGCCCGCUUAAAUCAACAUUCAGAUAAUGCUUGGUGUUCUGGUAAAAGGGAAACAGGUCAGUUCAUCCAGAUUGACUUGGGAGCCAUAAAGACUAUUACAAAGAUAGCGACACAAGGACGAAACGACCGCCAUUAUCAGUGGGUGACAAAGUAUACCAUCGCCUACUUCUGUGAAGAUGUUCCACCACUUUGGAUAACGUACAUAGAACCAGSAACUGGCCCCAAGUAUUUCAAUGGUAACACAGACAGGAAUACCAUAGUUUUCAACCCGUUGCCAUUACCGAUCAGAACACGUCACAUCAGGCUAAUCGUGCAAGGCUUUCAUAGUUAUCCGUCGUUGAGGAUGGAGUUGUACGGCUGUUAGCACAACAACAACAACAAAAAAACAACAAACAAUUGCUCUCGUCUUUAUCGUUUUUAGUGUAGUUUUCUUACACUGAAUCUCAGGCAGCCCACCCCUUUUUAUUGCUUGACUGUAAUAGCAACGAUAGGUUAAGAUGGUCUAAAAACUGACAUUCAUGUAUUAGUACAUAUACUUUGAGACAUCAUACGUGAUUUAGUSAUACAAAUGGCACCCAGAAACAGUUUAGACAGUUUCAAAUAUUUAUUAKAUAGCAAUAACAGCAGAUAUUCACAUAUAGCUGACAACCUUUGAGUAAUCCUUUGUUGUAAAGAAAAAAACCGCUGCGUUGGCUUGUACACUUUUGCGCCCAAAAGGCGGCCGAAUAAACAAUGUAGUCAUCUAA